AUACAUUGUUCCACGUCUAAAUGGGGGAAUCAGUAGGUCAGAGGUCAUAAUGCCUCCAAAAGCCAUCGCAGAGUUCAUCUUUGAGAUCCGUAGACUCAAGACCUAGUGAAGAAUUGUUUGGCAUGCACACUCGCAGUCUAACGACCACGUUAUUACCUAUUUGAAAUAUUUUACAAGUAGUAUCACUGUUGAUACGUUGCAUACAAUGCGAAGCAAACGAUGGACAGGAUUCUUCAUGGUUGCAAUCACCAUUUUUGUUGGAUGCAUGGGAAAAAAGGAAAACAACGUCACCAAGUCGGAACUAAAGCAGUUGACGGAAGAACUUUAUGGCAAUGAAGAUCGGAACUUUCAAUCUCAUGUUGAGAUCAAUUUUCAGGGCAAAUUGACGAAGAGGAAAUUCAGCGACGUUGCGCCCCAACCGUUGUUAGCCGUGGAUGACGAGAUUCUUGAAAAUCCAGUAGUAAAAAGCCUUCGCAAGUUGUUCGACAAUUACGAAAUGGAUACGAGUAAAAUGGAGAAUGUAACCCCUGAGGAAAGAGGGGAAGAAGAAAGGUUUCUGGACGCUUUACUCGAGACUCCCUCGAUUAAUCGUACGAUGAACUUCUUGUCCGAUCAUGGCCUUUUCGGAAAUGGCAAUCGCACAUACAGAGAAAUACUUAAGCAUGUUUGGUUCUAUCAGUAUCCAAGACAUCAAAGAAUCAAUGUAGCUACAAGUUCAGCGUUCGAGCAUAUUUUUUGCGGGGAAUUGAAAAAUGGCAGACAAUUAAUAGGUUUUCACAAUUGGGUAUCUUUCAACAAUGCCGAGAGGUCUGGUGACAUGGAAUACUGGGGAUACAGAUGGAAGAGGUCCUUGGCAAAUACCACCAUUCCCGCCGUGGUAUAUGCGACCUACCGUUACGUUGGAAAGGUGAAGUCGUCGUCAUUUUUUGUCGGAACUUCGCCAGAGUUGGAAAUAUCCUUGUAUACACUUUGCUAUUUUGCAAGACCUGAUAAAUACUGCCAUAUAUCGAUGGAUGGAACCAAUUUCGGAAUCCGCACCAACGUUAUGAGACAUAUUGGUCGUGAGGCUCACUUAGCUUCAGCAUAUGCGACACUGUGA